AAUUUUCAGACUUUUUUUCAUAAACCUCAGAGAUGCAGGAAAUUAAAGUAAAAAUUAAGUAGCCAUUACAAUUUUUUUAACAUACAGCCACGUUAAUACAGGCUUUUAUCAAUAAAACAGUUCGUAAAUCCGCCCCCUUUUUUUUUUUUUGCGAGUUAAGAGUAUUUCAGUGAAGAAAAUCACGUCCACUAAACUGAAGCCCUCCGACGCAAGAUGGCCGCCUUUUUACUUACGCCACCUACCCUCCUCUUAGACAUCUAGCCUUAUACGUGAUAUCUAUCGUCCUAACUCGUCACUCACUCCGAAUGUUUAGAAAAGUACUGGAGGGGUUUCGCUUCAAGUGGAAGUCAUACCGACACCGAUUUUUGCCCUGGAUUGUUCUAAACAUUUCCAAAAAUGAGAAAACACUUCGCCAAGUCAAAGGUCGCGCUGAGGACAAGUUGGUCCCGGACGAAGAGGUCUCACAGAAACUUGUGCGACUCUUCCGAGAUCUUUACGGAGCAGAUCGACGCGUUCACUCCCACGAGCAGGUAGCCGGUGACGGUGACAAGGCGCGGCGUGGACACGAUGCCAUGUUCCGAACAUUUGGUUUCUGCAUCGACCGGAAGCCCAGCACGCUUCCCUUUGCGGGAACGGGAGUCUUUAUUACCAAGGGUUUCGUCCCUAGAGGAGCAACUGUCGCCAUGUAUCCUGGCACCAUCUACCAAACUUAUGAGCCCAUUUUUCUCCAAUCCAUCAGAAACCCGUUCGUCUUUCGGUGCAUAGACGGCGUCCUGGUUGAUGGAAAGGACAAAGGGAUCUCCAAGAUGGUGUACAAGUCGUGCAGCGGCAGAGACCGAAUGGGCCCUUUGGCGAUGAGCGAUAGCAGCUGGCUGACGGCGGCCCCUCAGAACCCGCUGGCGGUGGGUCAGUACGUGAACAACUGCUCCGACGAGAGGCCCGCCAACGUGUGCUACCAGGAGUUGGACGUUCCCGACGCCUUUCCAGUGGAGCUUCGGCGUUAUCUCCCUAACGUCAACUACGGUCCGGACUCACAGAGACCUCUUCGCUGCGUGGUCCUGGUGUCGCUCAGAGACAUUAGAGCAGGAGAAGAGCUAUUUUCCAAUUACUACACUAUUGUUCACUAGACUACUGGAUAUGCACGAUCCUACAAGUAUUACAAAUUAAAA